UACCACAACCUUUCCUAUCGUGUUAUAUUAUCACUACAGCAUUUUAGGAAGCCAUUGUUCAAAGUGUGUUCAUGCAUACAGUACAAUGGGAGGGGGUGUGGCCUGCACAGGAGAACCAGGAAGUUGAUCUCAGACGUCUAUUUAGGACUGGGAUCCAAUCCGGGGUUAACAGAUUAACAGUGAGGACAAACCUAGUCUGCCUUUCUCCUUUCACACCGAGUUCAAACCUACAGUUACUGGGUCCUGAUUGUGACAGCGGAGACCAGUUUGCUCUGCAGGAUCCAGAGAUGGCAUCAGUGAAGCUGGAAGACUGCAGUCAAACACUGGAGCUGAACGUCAACAUUAAAGAUGAAGAAGAGGAGGAGAAGAUUUGGAAAUGUGUCAAUCAUGGCCAACGAGGAUUAAGUCUGAUUCCGGUAUCCUCAACAGUGAGGACAAUCCCAGCCUGCCUCUCUCCUUCCACACUGACUCCAAACCUUCAGUCACUGGGUCCUGAUUGUGACCGUGGAGCCCAGUUUGCACUGCAGGAAUCAGAGAUGGCAUCAGUGAAGCUUGAAGACUGCAGUCAAACACUGGAGCUGAAUGUCAACAUUAAAGAUGAAGAAGAGGAGGAGAAGAUUGGGGAAUCUGUUUCUCAUGGAGACCAUGUUGAGACAUUCUCUACAUCCAGAGAGCAACAGCAGGAAGAUCACAGAGCUAAGAGGUCUCACCACUGCCCACAUUGUGAGGAGAUUUUCCCAAUUCUAUCAAAGCUAAAAACACACCUAAAAAUGCACACAGGAGAUCAUCUGUAUUCCUGCACUGACUGUGGGAAGAGUUUCACAACAUCAAGGGCUCUGACAGUUCAUCGGAGAGUACACACAGGAGAGAAGCCUUACAACUGCUCUGACUGUGGGGAGAGUUUCUCUCAACAGAGCAAUUUAAAAAAACACCAACGUAUACAUACAGGAGAGAAGCCUUACUCUUGCUCGGCCUGUGGGAGGAGUUUCUCUCAACAGAGCAACUUCAAAAAACACCAACGGAUACACACAGGAGAGAGGCCAUACUCUUGCUCUGACUGUGGAAAAGGCUUCACAACAUCAACUGAGCUAACAGUUCAUCAGAGAACACACACAGGAGAGAAGCCUUAUUACUGCUCUGACUGUGGAAAGAGUUUCUCCCGAUUGGAUACCUUAAAAGUACAUGAACGUGUACAUACAGGAGAGAAACCAUACUCCUGCUCUGACUGUGGAAAAUGCUUCACAACAUCAUCUGAGCUAACAGUUCAUCAGAGAACACACACAGGAGAGAAGCCUUACUUCUGCUCUGACUGUGGAAAAAGUUUCUCCCAAUUGGAGAAGUUAAAAUGUCACCAGCGAAUACAUACAGACCAAAAGUCUUACUUCUGCUCCGACUGUGGGAAGAGUUUCACCCGAUUGGAUACCUUAAAAUGUCACCAGCGUAUACAUACAGGAGAGAAGCCUUACUUCUGCUCUGAUUGUGGGAAGAGUUUCACCCGAUUGGAUACCUUGAAAUGUCACCAGCGAAUACAUACCGGAGAGAAGCCUUAUUCCUGCUCUGAUUGUGGUAAUAGUUUUACUGAUCAGAGCAGCUUAACACACCACUGUAUACCUACAGGAGAGAAGCCUCAUCAGUUCUCUCAGACCAGCUAAGAGUAAAGUCAUUACAUCACUUCAUUCUCAUCUCAUAAAUGAAGUGGUAACAGUGAAUUUGAUAACAUUUAAGAAAGAAUAAAACACUAUUGGGAUCCUAUUGUUUCUCACUGUAAGAGAACAGUGCAGAGGAAAGGGUGUGUUAUAGAAUGUUAGCUUCUUGUUGUUUUACUGAUCAGUGAGCACCAUGUCAGUUUUAUUUAAUUGAGCUUUUACUCUAAAGAUAUUGAGAGUUCCUUGAAUUUGCCUUUAGGGUUGAAUGCCCUCUGAGGCUUCUUACGUUGUAACAAUGAAGUCUGAUUGUUGACUGUGUGGUGCUGCUUCCCUCUGCAGUGUUCUGUGGGAAUGAGCUGGUAGACACAACAUGGGUCAGAGAUGGUGUGAUGAUCAGUUCUCUGUGGAAAUGAGCUGGUAGACACAACAUGUAUCAGAGAUGGUGUGGUGAUCAGUGUUCUGUGGGAAUGAGCUGGUAGACACAACAUGGGUCAGAGAUGGUGUGAUGAUCAGUUCUCUGUGGAAAUGAGCUGGUAGACACAACAUGUGUCAGAGAUGGUGUGAUGAUCAGUGUUCUGUGGGAAUGAGCUGGUAGACACAACAUGGGUCAGAGAUGGUGUGAUGAUCAGUGUUCUGUGGGAAUGAGCUGGUAGACACAACAUGGGUCAGAGAUGGUGUGAUGAUCAGUGUUCUGUGGAAAUGAGCUGGUAGACACAACAUGUGUCAGAGAUGGUGUGAUGAUCAGUGUUCUGUGGGAAUGAGCUGGUAGACACAACAUGGGUCAGAGAUGGUGUGAUGAUCAGUGUUCUGUGGGAAUGAGCUGGUAGACACAACAUGGGUCAGAGAUGGUGUGGUGAUCAGUUCUCUGUGGAAAUGAGCUGGUAGACACAACAUGUGUCAGAGAUGGUGUGAUGAUCAGUGUUCUGUGGGAAUGAGCUGGUAGACACAACAUGGAUCAGAGAUGGUGUGAUGAUCAGUGUUCUGUGGGAAUGAGCUGGUAGACACAACAUGGAUCAGAGAUGGUGUGAUGAUCAGUGUUCUGUGGGAAUGAGCUGGUAGACACGACAUGGGUCAGAGAUGGUGUGAUGAUCAGUGUUCUGUGGGAAUGAGCUGGUAGACACAACAUGGGUCAGAGAUGGUGUGAUCAGUGUUCUGUGGAAAUGAGCUGGUAGACACAACAUGUGUCAGAGAUGGUGUGAUGAUCAGUUCUAUGUGGAAAUGAGCUGGUAGACACAACAUGUGUCAGAGAUGGUGUGGUGAUCAGUGUUCUGUGGGAAUGAGCUGGUAGACACAACAUGUGUCAGAGAUGGUGUGAUGAUCAGUUCUCUGUGGGAAUGAGCUGGUAGACACAACAUGUGUCAGAUGGUGUGAUGAUCAGUGUUCUGUGGGAAUGAGCUGGUAGACACAACAUGGGUCAGAGAUGGUGUGAUGAUCAGUGUUCUGUGGGAAUGAGCUGGUAGACACAACAUGGGUCAGAGAUGGUGUGAUGAUCAGUGUUCUGUGGGAAUGAGCUGGUAGACACAACAUGGGUCAGAGAUGGUGUGAUGAUCAGUGUUCUGUGGAAAUGAGCUGGUAGACACAACAUGUGUCAGAGAUGGUGUGAUGAUCAGUGUUCUGUGGGAAUGAGCUGGUAGACACAACAUGUAUCAGAGAUGGUGUGAUGAUCAGUGUUCUGUGGAAAUGAGCUGGUAGACACAACAUGUGUCAGAGAUGGUGUGAUGAUCAGUGUUCUGUGGAAAUGAGCUGGUAGACACAACAUGUGUCAGAGAUGGUGUGAUGAUCAGUGUUCUGUGGGAAUGAGCUGGUAGACAACAUGUAUCAGAGAUGGUGUGGUGAUCAGUGUUCUGUGGGAAUGAGCUGGUAGACAACAUGUAUCAGAGAUGGUGUGAUGAUCAGUGUUCUGUGGGAAUGAGCUGGUAGACAACAUGUAUCAGAGAUGGUGUGAUCAGUCUUCACCAUUAGUUUGGGUGGAUUUAUUUUUUUACUACGAAGUAACUUUUGUUUAACGAUAAACAUACUUUGAAACGACUACAUGUUUAUUAAAUUGUCUUAUUAGAUUUAUUAUCAAAUGUAUUUGGUUAACUGCAUUGAACUUGAUAUGCUAAUUAAAAAUACAUAUUCUACAUGAA